AGUUGUCCACGAACCUCUGACUGUAGCUAUUCCAAGCGUGCAGCAGUCGUACGAGAUCUCCCAAAUUUCUCAGCUCCAGCGGAAAAUCCAACUCCCACUCCCCUCGCCUCCUGUCGGAAUCCCGCAUCCAGAGCUCGCCAUGGCGCAAGGCACCGCGCCCGCCGCGGCCGGCGGAGGCGGCGGAGGUGUUUACUCCGCCCCGGCCGCGGUCGCGACGACCCCUCCAGGCACCCCUCGUUCGGCGGCGGCGCCGCCUCCGCCGCCGGCCCCUUCCGGGGGGCACUACGCGGUCGAGCUCUACUUCGACCCCGCGCUGGAGAACCAGGUGCUCAAGGCGUGGAACGCGCUGGCGCGGCGGCAGCUCAGCAGCCGCCUCAUCGAUACCGCGUCGCGCCCGCACCUCCCGCUGCUCCACCUCCCCGCCGCCGCGCUCCCGGACCCGCUCCGCCUCGCUCCCGCCCUCCGAGCGCUCGCCUCCCGCAUCGAUCCGCUCCCUCUCGCGCUCUCCUCGCUCGCGUCGCCGCCGUCGUCCCUCGACGCGGGGGUCCUCUUCCUCUCGCCCACGCCCUCGGCCGCGCUGCUCGGCCUCCACGCGCAGCUCUGCGAGCUGCUGCGCAAGGACGCCGGCCUCGAGGUGCCCGACGGGUUCCGGCCCGACAACUGGGUACCGCGGUGCGCCGUCGCCGUUGAUGUGCCUCGCGGCCGUAUGGCCGAGGCCUUCUGCGUGCUCCGCGAGCUCAAGCUGCUCCCCGUCUCCGGGUACGGGAUGGACAUCGCGCUGGUCGAGGUUGCGCCGACCGUCAGGGAGGUUGUGUCCUACCCGCUCGGCGGCAGCGGCGGCCCUGGAGCUGAUUAAAAGGACGUUGUUUAAAUUUGUACAAUGUGAAGAACAUCCUGGAUGGAAAAAGCAUAUUAACAAGGGUAUCAUCAUAGGAUAAUAUUGGCAUUUCCUUGUCCAUCACGCGGUUCGUGAGAAAACAAGUCGAAAGAAUGUUAGAUGAUCAUACUGUAUCAUGUUUGAUUAUUUUUUAAUCUUUUGGGUUGAUAAUAUUCGCGCCUCAGCUGUAGAGACUUCACAAACUGAAACUGUUGCACGUCUUCUAGUUCGUUGUAAUGAAUUGUAUUAUUCUGUGGCUUGAGUUGAAACCAAUUUUGUCUUUGUUUU